GCAAAAGGAUGGGCACAUUUGAGCGAUUCAGUUGGCCGCGUGUGUUGUCUUUUUCUAAUCCCCAUCCCGGGAUGAAUGAAGAUUCGCCCUUCACUUAGUGUGCAGGGUUGAUAACGGGGAAAUUGCAGUUUGAAUUAUCUAAUGGGCCUCAGUGGGAAUCAAUACACCUGAAAACAGCUGUUGCGACCUGUUGAUCAAGGAGGCUUAAAGGUACCGUUCCGCCUGGAAGGCCCCUACCACCGAGGCACGCGUUAUCGGAGUUCUUAACAGCUGUUUCUCUUCCCCGACUUUAUGACAUUAGUGAAGGAUCUAACAGUCAGCGCUGUCGUGCUUCGACGUCAUUUUGUGAAAGUGCCAUGUUUUACUGUGUGUUUUAUGCGAAAUGUCGCUCGCCGACGCUUCACGUGAAUUUGUUAGACUGACUGGGUUAACAGAAAAACAUUUCCUGACAGUAGAGACAAGGAAAUCGUUAAAAGUGUUGACAGCCAUGUUUUGGUUUAGCCUUCUAUUGGUUGUUGCAGCAACGUUACCUGUAUCAAAAGAUGGCGUCAAGCGAGAAAAAUAUCAAGCGCAAAAGCAAGCGCCAGGACAAGAAAGGAGCCAAGUAGGAAGCAAAUUUCAUCCGGAGAUACUCAAUGUAUGGGGACAUUUCUCUAACACAGCAAAAACAUUAAGUCAUAGAAAAAGCUACGUCGACAUCAACGACGAUGACAGAAUUCAAGCAGGGAUGUUUAGCAAAAAAUUUGAUACAAACGACUUGGUUAUGAAAGGAAAAGUGUUAAUUAAAAUAAAUGAAAACACUGCGGACUGGAAAGAAAUAUCAACACAUAAAAAACGGUACCAGAGAAACGCUGUGGACAAAAACACAAGCCAUGACGAAAAUGGAUUAUCGACAGACGACACGCUCGAUUGGAAGGAAGAGGGACUGAUAAACGAGGCGCAGACUGAGACACAACACGAAAUGACGGACAAGAAGAACUGCGAACAAUCCGAAGAUGGCGUUACUACAUCCAAUCCAGCGUGCGGAGACGCUUCAACGCAAGACAUUCCCCACCCCGCCGUCCCCCAAACUCCCAUUGAUUUAAGCGAUUAUGCCAAGUACGUGCCGAGGCCAGUAAUGCCCCAGUGUAUUCACCUUCCAGGGUACAACGCCACCGGUAUUGCAGUAGUGUCCCGAUGUCCGGCCCACUGGCUGGACAAUGAUGUCCGAGACUUCUGUGAACAUGUCCAACACGACGCCAUAUUUUCUGACGUGCCCGUGUCCGAUUUUUAUGGCAACACGUAUCGCGACGUGUUCUGUGCUCAGUGUAAUAUGGUGACAGAUAUGGAAAUAUGGACUAAAUCUGUGACUUGUAACCACAACCCUCUUGAGAAGGAACCCAAAGUGCAUGCGAUGAACUUGCAGGACAUCAGUCGGUACGUUGACGAAGAUUGCCGAGUUGAAGCGAUCCAGCCUCCGAUUCAAAUUCAGGAGUUGAUAAAACACUGCGACCACCCCGCACCCCCAAAUGCGCAACGCCUCGUCCGCAGGGAUGCGAGCAACGUACUCGGGAUGGCGUCAAACCGAUUCACAACCUCUUUCUCUAUUCUUAUGAAUUUUGGCAUCAAUGGUCAAGCCCACAUUCUACUGACCAGUACACAACAACUGACCAAAAACACGAACACCGUCAAUGAGCUGCCUUCUUGCACAGACGAACAGAUCUUCGACCCAGUAAAGAAAGCGUGCUUCCUAAUUCUCUGCCAAGAGGGGUACGUCAUCAACGCCGAGAAGCAGGUCUGCGAACCAAUUGACGCUGCCCCGGUUGACGCCGCGUCGGCUGUUUCCCCGUUUAAAAUCAAGCUGAGUUUUUACAUGAGCCGAGGUCUGAUUAAGAAAAUAGAGACCGGCUUUGAUCGCUUUAUUAAUGAAUCCGUACGGGCCGUCAGUGACGCUGCGGGUAUAAGACCGGAUCAAAUUAUUGAUGUGACAUUUGGAGACUACGUCAACGCUACAGAUAACCUGACCAAGAUCGAUUAUUCCGCUUCUCGUGAGCAGGCAAUGACACUUGAUCAGUUUGACCACGAUUACUCCUUCGAAGGUUCGGGAGAGCCAGAUGAGCUAAGCGACCUUGUCCACAAACAGAUGAUUUUUCUGGUAAAGCCGGACGAGGCAGAGGAAAAAGAUACCUAUGACGACAUGGAUGCUUACAUCGAUCGCAUUACGGCAGCUUUCAAGAGACGCCGAAUUAUGCUGGAGUUUCAUCAGCUUAAAUUUAACAUUUCUGGGGGCCACAACAACGUCGGUCUCAUCGACUGGUGUAAGGAUGGAAGAGCGCGAGUCUACCUCGCGUCGAACUUUACCCUCAUCCAGUACUUUGACGAAAAUUUGAACUUAACGCGCUCUGGGGUCUACAUCAACGUUACUGAAACUAUUUACAAAGUUGGGGAAUUCGACUUGACUGUGCUCCUACAAGGUGAAUGGGACUUUCUUGGUCCCGUGCAUCACAACUUUGACGGUUAUGCCACUGUAUGUGAAAAGCACCCGCGUCUUAGAGACACUUCCUGCCCUAAGAUGCCGAUCAACGUCACGGACGCCAAAUUUUACCCAAAUAGACAUUUUAAGUUCCAUGGCAAAAAUUAUUCGCUUAAUGAAUAUCAGUACACCAGAGAUGCCGGAAAGCUAUUGAUAUGCGUACCGGAAGUCUGGAGAAAUGGUAGUGAAGCCAAUCUCACUUCGCUCACUCAGUAUGAGACUCACUACAAAUUAGCCUGUGCUUCGGAAAUCUUCGGUGCCUUUGAAUCCGCAGAGUCGUAUCUCACUGUCAUAUUGGGAGUCACGUCUGUGGUUGCCAUGGCAAUAACAUUAUUUACGUUUCUGCUGUUUCGUCAACUGCGCAACCUCCCAGGGACUAACGUCAUGAACCUAACAGCAGCGCUUCUACUUGGACAGGCCGCGUUUUUCUCUGGGUCACUGAUAAAACACGAAGAGCUUUGCGUUGCUGUCGCUGUAGGCACCCACUACCUUUUUCUUGCCGCGUUUUUCUGGAUGAACGUGAUGGCGUUUGAUUUGUACAAGACUUUCACCACAAAAUGCAUCCUUCCAAGAGUGCGCGAAAAGGGGAAAUUCUUUCCGCGGUACAUGUUGUACGCUUGGGGAUGUCCGGCACUCAUUGUCAUGGCGUGUGUCUUGGUGGACAAGAUACCCUUCUUCGAGGAGUUGGACUUCAAUAUCGGGUAUGGCCGAGUCAACAUGGAGACCAGUUUCACGUCAAACGGUUCCGCUGCCAUGAACACCGCUGUUGAUAUCCAAGCGUCUGGGUGCUGGAUUAGUGUUCCUACAGCAACACUAACUGUCUUCGGUGGGCCGCUCUUUUUCAUUUGCUUCGUCAACGCCUUUUUCUUCGGGCGCACAAUUUUAAGCAUCCGCGCCACUAUGAAAGUGACAAAACUAAGCCGACGGCGAGCGUCCGUGAGUCGCCUCACCGGUCACGCUGACGUCAUGCUGUAUGUGCGCAUGUCCACGUUUAUGGGAUUCACCUGGGUGUUUGGCCUGGCCUCCUCCGUCAUCAGCGGAAUUGUUCCGACUCAUACGGCAACCGUGUGUUACGUUUUAUACACCAUGAACAUUUUGUUCAUAGUAUUCAACUGCUCUCAAGGCAUGUUCAUCUUCUUUGCCUUCAUCUGUAAUCGCCGCGUGUACGAUUUGUAUAAGUCCGCGUGCCGCUGCCAGACGUCGUUGUCACCUUGGAAACAGGAAGCAUAUGGCGUCAAUUGUAUUAUGCCAAGGACCAUUUCCAACGCGUCUGUUGAUUCCAUGGGUUCUAAGGCAAAAAUUAUUGAUCACAUGUGAAGGGAGUAGGGGACAGGACGCCAUCUCUACGCAUCCUUUAACUUGUCAGUACCGGAUUACUUCCACAAGCUCAACGCAUAUUGAGAGAUAUUGCAAGUCAUUAAACUAUUUGUAAAUUUUCUAAAAUACAUAUAAUGUAGGAAUUAAUGUUUAACAUAUAUUGACGUAUGGUUUUUUCCUGUCGCCUUGUGCUCUCCCAAUUAAAUGACAACAUUUUGCAGUGAACUUGGCGAUGUCUGCCCCUAUUUGACAUUGUUUUUGCUUGACAUUUGCUCGGAUAGGGAGUCCUAGAAUUGUGAACUUAAGAAGGACGUAUCGGACGUGGCCUAUCUGUGACAAAGAAAUCAAAGGCGUGACUGUCAACAAAAUUUUCAGCUAUACAUUGUACUAGAAUGGUCGCAUUCUGAAAGCGAACUCUACUUAUAUCUACUACUACUAGCUAAAUAUUGAAAUAUACAUGUAAGUUAAUGUAUUCCAGAAAUACAUAUCUUGCAAAAUUACGUUGACAUGGACGUGCUUCAGUGUACACUUUCUCGCCCCGAAACGUAACGAAGUCGGGUUAAAUUUACGCGGGGCUGUGGUUACACAUUUGGGAUAGUUUCUACAAACAGUCAGUACUAACUACUCCAGCACUAACUACUAUGGCGAAUAAGAUUUUAUGGACUAAUUCUUUGAGAAUGGGACACUGAUGUUUUGACAGAUAUUUCAGCUGUCAAUUAUUUUACAGACUAUGUGUCUAUAAGUAUAGCACUGACUCGAGUACCAGUGUAUAUUCAUUCAGUAAUAUAUGUAUUUUGUUUAUGAUUUGAUAUAAGCUGGGGAAAGGACAAGAGUGUAUGGACUACGGCAUAUGUACUUAGAAUAUGUAAGAAGCUGUAGAGAUCAGGCCCAUAGCUAGCACGAAAAUUC